CCCCCCCCAUUAUUAUAAAUAGCCUGUUUUUUUUUUUCCUCGGCACUGUUUGGAAUGUGAUUUAAAAAUACCACCUAAAGUCGCAGUUUGGGGAAAAGGUUUCUGGACGAGGAGAAUAGCUCGCAAGCAAGGAAUGGGCUAGUAUUAGAAACCUGUAUCAACAGCAGGCCAGACUCAAAUAUCAGCUAUGGCAACCCAUGCAUGAAGUUGAUGCCUUUGAACUAUUUCCUAUAGAUGAGACAUAGCACAUGCUGUGAGUACCAUGCUUGCUGUUGAGAUUUGUGACUGAAGGAUUAAAAAACAAGGACAAGAAAAAGGGAGGAAGGCGUGGGACAAAGACAAAGGACAAGCAACUUUGACACAGUUGUUCCUGGACCCCAGGUUUUGGAUAUUAUGAGACCUGCUACAGUUGUUCAGGACAGCAAGGCAGAAGAGAAAGAUGGAAAUGUAUAGUUGGCAGCUGUCUUCCACUGGGACAGAGGUGAAACUUCGACAGACCGCAUUUGUUGAGCAGUGCUCCCCAGAUUUGCAGCUCUCCCCAGGAAGACCUGAGAACAAUUACAAGUGUGUCACCUGGACAAAAUGUAAAACUUCGCUGUCAGACUAUCCUAUCCCUGGUUCAUCCUAUGCAAAUUCAGAGCUGCUUCCAACAUCAAAGUUUAAUUUUGCAACUCUAGGAAGUGGCUAGGAUUUAUUCAGGGAGUGAAGAUAUUCAGCUGCAAAUGAAAAGAUGGUAUGAGAGAUUAUGACAAGAUCAUCAUAAGCUUUGACUAAUUAAUCUGCUGCAGCAUCUUUUCCUCCUAAUACCUUUCAUAACAUGGUAGAAUGUUAAGACCAGAACAAGAACUACAUGGGAUGCUCACAAAGUGGAUGAAUUUACACAGUGAUGAAUAUGCAAGUGAUACAAUAAACUUUGAAUUAAUGGCACCAGUAAAGUUUUCCAGAUGUAACUAAGUCAUAUUUGGGGCCAUAACCUUGACAGGCAUUGGACAGAAUUUAAAGCUUUUUUACAGUUCAGUGUUCAAUUUCUGGUUUUGACAGGCUGGGUAACAAAUCAGGUAUUUAUGAGCCGCCAUUUCUUGUAUUAUUGUGGUGAACCUACUCUGGAUGUGAAGAUUGCCUUUUGUCAGGGAUUUGGGAAACAAGUGGAUGUGUCAUAUAUUGCCAAACAUUACAACAUGAGCAAAAGCAAAGUUGACAACCAGUUCUACAGUGUGGAAGUAGGUGACUCGACCUUCACAGUCCUCAAACGCUACCAGAACUUGAAACCUAUUGGCUCUGGGGCUCAGGGAAUAGUUUGUGCUGCAUAUGAUGCCGUCCUUGACAGAAACGUGGCCAUUAAGAAGCUCAGCCGACCAUUUCAGAACCAAACUCACGCCAAGCGAGCUUACAGGGAGCUGGUCCUCAUGAAGUGUGUGAAUCAUAAAAAUAUUAUAAGUUUAUUAAAUGUCUUCACACCACAGAAAUCUCUGGAGGAGUUCCAGGAUGUCUACCUGGUAAUGGAAUUAAUGGAUGCCAACCUGUGCCAGGUCAUUCAGAUGGAGCUGGACCAUGAGCGAAUGUCUUACCUUCUGUACCAAAUGCUCUGUGGAAUCAAGCAUCUUCACUCUGCAGGAAUUAUUCACAGGGAUUUAAAACCAAGUAACAUUGUAGUAAAAUCUGACUGCACGUUGAAGAUUCUGGAUUUUGGACUGGCCAGGACUGCAGGCACCAGCUUCAUGAUGACCCCGUAUGUGGUGACACGUUACUACAGAGCACCGGAGGUCAUCCUGGGAAUGGGCUACAAGGAGAACGUGGAUAUAUGGUCUGUGGGAUGCAUUAUGGGAGAAAUGGUUCGCCACAAAAUCCUCUUUCCAGGAAGGGACUAUAUUGAUCAGUGGAAUAAAGUUAUUGAGCAGCUGGGAACACCCUGUCCAGAAUUCAUGAAGAAGCUGCAGCCAACAGUACGGAACUAUGUUGAGAACAGACCCAAGUAUGCUGGCCUCACUUUCCCCAAACUUUUUCCAGACUCUCUCUUCCCAGCGGACUCAGAACACAACAAACUCAAAGCCAGCCAAGCCAGGGACCUCUUAUCAAAGAUGCUGGUCAUUGAUCCGGCCAAGAGGAUAUCAGUAGAUGAAGCCUUACAGCAUCCAUACAUUAAUGUCUGGUACGACCCAGCAGAGGUGGAGGCGCCUCCUCCUCAGAUAUAUGAUAAACAGCUGGAUGAAAGGGAACAUACAAUCGAGGAAUGGAAAGAACUCAUCUACAAAGAAGUAAUGAAUUCUGAAGAAAAGACUAAAAAUGGCGUAGUAAAAGGACAGCCUUCUCCUUCAGGUGCAGCAGUGAACAGCAGUGAGAGCCUCCCUCCAUCCUCAUCUGUCAACGACAUCUCAUCCAUGUCCACGGAUCAAACCCUGGCGUCUGACACGGACAGCAGCCUGGAAGCUUCUGCGGGACCCCUCGGUUGUUGCAGGUGACUAGCCGCCUGCCUGCGAAACCCAGCGUUCUUCAGAGGAUGAUGGAACCUAGGAGGAAAAAAAAAAAUGAUGGGAGCUAAGAGAUGAAAAGAAAGAGAAAUAAAAUACAGAGAUUUAAGUGAAACAAACAAAGAAACAAACAAACAAACAAAUCUUUUCAGCCUGCUUCUCCUACAGAGUUAUGUAAUGCAGC